AGUUUAUCGUUUAUUUUCCCGCAGAAUGAGUGACUCAUUCCGGUAAUGUACGCUGAAAGAUCGUGUUGUCUUUUCCAUUGAACCUUCGAGUAAUGACGAAUGAAAUUUUAGCAAAAGGGUCAAAACAUGUAUAAUCGGGAAGACAACAGCGGUAACGGUACACCUAAAUUCACGAUCAUCACAAUUGCAUGACGCAAACAACUGAUAAGCUAUCUGGAGGUACGACACUGGGAUUCGUAUUAUCUAUCGGCUUUGAAAGUCAGUCUCAGUCUGCACAGUCGAGAGUUAAGUUUCCCAUUCGUUGGGGCUGACAAAUUAAAUUUUUCCUGCUUCUCAAAAGCUUGUGCGUAGUCUGCGUUGUAAGUUAAACGUACAAAGUUAUACCGCCACCAAGUGCGGUAAAUCCGAUAUCGGUAACUUGACUCAACUAUACCUACUUUCACCGCAACAUCAUGAAAGGGCAUCGCUACUGUAAUUUCGUUGGAUUGCUGCUUGUUAUAUGCAACUUGCACGGAUCGGCGGAAUGCAGUAUGUGCGAAACGUGCAUUUGCUCUAGCACAGAUUCUGCUUGGAUCGUAAAUUGCCAAGGUAAACGACUGGAGGAUAAUAACCAUCAUCGCUUUGACUUAUUAAUGUUCGACGAACAGCCUCAUCUCAGUGUUUUGAACCUGGCUGAAAAUGGAAUGAACUUUCUGCCAACGGACAUGUUUACAAAUUUGGUAAAUUUAAAAACUCUAAACCUAUCAGGAAAUCAUCUCCAAGAAAUACCGGAGAAUGCUUUCGACCAGCUUUGGUCUCUCGUCGAUCUAGACUUGUCGCGCAAUAACCUGACUGCUCUACCGGAGAGAAUGAUCACCAAAAUAACAAAUUUGCAACGACUGAAUUUGAGCCAAAAUCAAUUAAGCGUUCUAGAUCCAGACCUGAAAUUACUGACCAAUCUAACAUGGCUGGACGUCUCUCAUAACAAUAUACAGAGCUUGGAAAAUGGCUCGCUUCAAUCUUUAACGCAGUUAGAACAUCUGGAUCUAUCGUUCAAUCGGAUCGAUUCGCUUGGAGAGAACAAUGUGAUACACUUGACGCAGCUUGCAACUUUGAUUCUGAACAACAAUCGUUUGGUCUAUCUUUCUCCUCACGAUCUUCCAGUUUCCAUAACUAAUCUGAACGCCGGCUACAACAUGAUUACAAAUGUACCUGAAACAUUGAAUAAUCUGCAAAAACUCGAUAUGGAAUACAAUGAAAUAGUUGAGCUUAAUGAUAAUUUGUCCUUGCUGAAUCGAGCGAAGAGCCUUAAUUUCAGCGGCAACAAGCUAACUGACUUUCCAAAUGUCAAAUUUGAGAAGCUGGAGACGCUAGACUUGUCAUUCAACAAAUUAUCCGUGGUUCCAGAAACACUAACGAGUGAAAAUAUGCCAGAGCUAAGCACUCUAGUGAUCAGUGGAAACCCUAUAAGAGAAUUGAAAUUCAACGCUAAACUGAACCUCGAAUGGUUGAUUGCCCAAUCGUUAGAGCUGGUCGAAAGCAUCGAGGAAGAUGCUUUUUCAAAUCUUGAUAACGAAAGAUCGGAGGGUUGUUUGAACUUGAUAAUAUCUCAAAACAAACGACUAACAAAAAUAGACGCGAAUGCUUUCAGAGACGUGAAUCUUUGCUCGUUAGAUCUGAGCAGCAACAAUCUGAGCAGCAUUUCGCCAGGAUUGAUAAAAAUGCAGAACAAUACGGGCUUGUUAAAGUACGGCGUCAACUUACAGAGCAAUCCGUUUCACUGCGAUUGUACCCUGCAAUGGAUGCUGGUAGAUCUGGUCCCAAAGCUCUACGACGCGUACCCCCAGCUUCUGGAUGAUCUGAAAUGUGCUUCGCCGCCGGACAAGAAAUACAUGAGAAUGCUACAUUGGUACAAGUGGAAGGAUCAAGUAUUUUGCGAAGACUCACAAAUCCUUGUGUCUAAGGUUGUCGUUGAAGCAGCCGGAGUUAUGAGUCAAAGUAGCGAAACAAUUAAAAUAGAAUCCAGCACAGGAAUGUUAGCUGCAUUGAUUGGUGCCGUUGUCGUUCUAUCAAUGUUGGUUACAGUUGGUAUUGUUUUAGCUCGACGAAUAGCGAUAAAAAGAUCGCGAAAAAAUCGAAGAUUUUAAUCUACCAUUUAGAAUUUGGAUUGUGGAUUGACUUCAUAAGGUCAAUAACAGUAAGGUCAAUUAUUACAGAGAUUGGUAGUACGUAAGCUUAAAGUAAUGCCAUUGUGUUCACUCAACUGUGAUCGACUCUAAGAACCUCGGAAAAUGUUACUUUAGCAUCGAAAAACGUUGAUUUUAAUUUAUGAGCAAAAGGGGAAAAACUAAACUCCAUGCAUAUAGCGUAGGAUCAAAGAUUGUAGCGUACGGAUAAUAUGUCACAUAUUUUACUCGACGAUCGAAGUGCAGAUGUGAGGUAAAAAGAUGUAGAUAUAGCAAACGACUGUAUAAAUUCAAAAUGAGAUGAUAUUUUUCAAAAUCGACCGUAUUAUACAAUAACGUUAAAUACAUUCAAUCUGUAUACACUGUAUUUAUUACAAUUUAACAUUUUUAUUUACAACAUACUUAUAUUCGUUUUCAGAUCACAUGUGUACAAAAUCGAGACACGCAUUAUAGGUAAUUAGAAAAGAAAUGGUCAAAGAUAUUUAACAACUUGUAUAGCAAUUGCUUAAAAAUUUUUCGAGUAAAAACAUCGGUAUGAAUUUAUUUAUUGUUGUUGGUGAGAUAAAAUCAUUGUAUCGUCAUAUUAAGUAAUCGAUUAAUAAGAAUCGAAUUUGGCAAAGUCCGAAAACAAACAGGAGGGUCAACCAAAUCUGCGUAUUAUUACUGUUCUAAAAUUAAAAUUAUUUCUAAGUAUACAUAUACUUGCGUGAAAAGGAUACGUAACUUGCGUUCAUAGCAUCAUGACAAUGUGCCUUACGACAUUUUAUUUUAACUACAAUACUUUUGAUAUUACAUAUCUACACAAAAUAUAUUUAGGACGUUAAAAAAAUUCGCAAACCUGAUCUGUGGACUUGACGACAGUUACGCUGCGCAAUUACGUAGUAGUAGUAAUAUUAUUAUUAUUAUUAUUAUUAUUAUUAUUAAAGAAUAAUUAUAUUGACUGCUUUUAUAUUAUUAAUCACGAUUCCAUAAGGGCUCAAAUUGUGCCCUGCCUAUUUAGUAAUGCAACAAUUUACAGUAUUUCGUAUAUGACUUACAGAAUGACUUUACCACUUUUACAAGGUGGAAUUGAAAGUAGCGC